AUGGCUACACCUUUAAUGGCAGGGAUAGCCGUGGCUGCUGCAGCAUAUGCCGGUAAAGUUGGUAUUCAGGCCUGGCAAGCGUUCAAAGCUAGACCACCUGCAUUGCGUAAAUUUUAUGAAGGUGGUUUUCAGCCUACUAUGACUAGGAGGGAAGCAGCUCUUAUACUUGGUGUUAGACAGACCACUCCCACAGAUAAGAUCAAAGAAGCACAUCGAAGAGUGAUGGUUGCAAACCAUCCAGAUGCUGGUGGCAGCCAUUAUCUUGCUUCCAAAAUCAAUGAAGCAAAAGACAUGAUGCUUGGAAAGUCCAAGGGUAGCGGAUCAGCAUUUUGA